AUGGCUUCUGCUUCACAUCGCUCUAGAAUAUUCUAUAUAAGACCAGAAUCCCAUCUUAUUGGUAUGGUACCCAAUAUUUUGGGAAUUUAUCAUUCCUCUGAUGGGAGCCUAAUUAUUGUUUUGGCUAAUGGAACAAACAUAUACUAUGUUUCCAUUGUUCCAAGAAAUCCUUUUUCCUUUUCGAUUCCACAAGGAAUAUUAACAAAUACACUAAUUCCCAAUUUUUCAUUAUCAUUACCGCGUAUUUUAUGGGACUACACCCCAAGAUUUGCGGAAGUGAAUCAUGCAUUUGAUCGUAUGACAUUGCCACUGCGUCUUACCAAUUUUCCCAUGGGUUUGUUGGCCCUUCAAGACCAGACUGAAAAUGUCAAUACAGGAUUGAGCAGGGAAGUCAUUUUUGCAUGUAUGAAUCUCAUCAUGUAUCAGUCAACAGAAAUAUCUAUAAGUGACGAUAAUGAUACAUGUUCUAUUUGUUUGGAUGACUACUCUGAUGGGCAUAUAAUUGGAAGCGCCGACUGUCACCACACCUUUCACUUUGAUUGCAUCAGCCAAUGGCUCAUGCAAAAGAAUUCAUGUCCCCUCUGCAAAAGGAUUGCAUUGGCAAUUUAA